AUGAAUAAGCUGAUAUAAUCUAAGGAGAAGAACGAAAUUUAUCAUUUAAUAGAUUUACUUCAUUAUGUGUUAGUCAAUGUUAAGACAAAUGAUGAUGUAGAGAAAUAAUUUUAAUAAAUAAGAUAGGAAUGGCCAAAUUAUAAAAUUGAUAUAGAAGGCACUUUAAAAGAAUUAUAACCAUAUGUUACUCCAGAAAUCUUUUAAGAGUGGAAUACUAUUUUGAAAACUCUUGAGUAAAGAAUAAUGAGUCAAUCAAAUUAAUAAUCAAACAUUAAACCUAUCUUAAUAGCUCAUAGAAUAUUAAAAUUAGAAAUACAGAGAUUAUUACAUAUUGAACAUUAAGAAGAUGAUAUUGAUGAAAAUGCAAUUAUUUAAUGA